AUGGCUGUUACGAAAAGUCUCCUACUUGCAUUUAUUUUUGCCGCCUUCAUGGUCCUUGCGAGCGCAACCGUGGAAUCAUUCGCUACGAGUUCGAUGAUAUAUACUGGGCCAGUCACACCAGGCGGGGAUAAUGUGACUCUUGAGGGCACUAUUCAAGAGAUUUUUCACCAAAUUCUCAAGUUAAACCCCAGCUAUAAGCCGGAAGAUUUCCCUGACGCACCCCAUAGCCCUCGCAAAGUUAGCUCUAAAUUGGAGAAAAGAAUACCAGGGGAUAUAAUCUGUGAUCCCAGUGGCACCAAGAGAGCAUGGCGAAAACAUAUUGAGGAGGGUGUCGCCUAUCUCAAACGCGCUCCGCAGGCAUCACUUUGUAGGGUUCGAAAUCGAUCGUGCAGUCGGAUUAGCUGUUCCUGGGAUAGUGGGAUCUUCCUCUGCAACGAUCGUGAUUCUUGGUUCGAGGAAUUUUGUCCUCUUCUUGGAAAUUAUGCGGAUGAGAUUCUACGCGGGUGCCAGCAAUCCCGUACAAAAGUUGCUGGUCAAAAAUUCGACCCGCAAAAUUACAAUGUUCUGGUAAAAUUCGAUAAGUGUUAG